AUGCACAUGUUCACAAAUUUCUUUUUUCUAUUGAUCGCCUGUGCAUGUCAUGCUCAAAUAACUAUCAAUGAUAAAAGUGCGUCUACACGUCAAGCCGUUGUUAUUCGCACGAACAAAGUUACUGUCAGCAAUCCUAAAUUCCCCUCCACCGUCUCAGCCAGUGAAUCCAUUGAAAGUCUUGGUGAUGUUGGAACAAAGGAGGAUGUUGCUGCUAUUCAUCUUCUGACAAAAAUCGCUGAUAUCCUUGCUAAUGCUGGAUGGCAAGUGACCCUACUUUCGGCGGCCCCUCCUUUUCUCCCACGCUCUACAUCAAGCCGAUAUAUUUUGAAGCAGGUUGAUUAUGGGGUAAGAAGUGAGGCCCUUGUCAAUGCAUGGAAUCAGUUCAGCGUGUUGGAACGUAUUCGAGGCAUAACAAGGCUAUCAAAUGACAUGCUCAUGUUUUGUGAAAAGGUAUUUGCACGCAGUGAUGUGAUUGAUUGGAUACGAAACGAGAAGUUUGACAUUGCCAUCACAAGCGGAGCCACAUGUUUUCAUCCACUACUCCGUAUGGCAGGGAUACAAAAAUCAAUCAUUUUUACAACAAGCGAGCCUGCACCGUGGAUAGUCAGGAUAAUGGGCAUACCAGAAACAGAAAACCCCACUAUCAAUGCAUUACCUUAUUUUCGACGAGCAAAAGCGGUUCUAUUCACUCCCACAGAGGAAAGGCUUCUACAGUAUAGCUUGAUAAGUCCACUGAAUGAUAUGGGACAGCGUAUGGUUGGCGAUCGUUAUACUCCAAUUCAGGAUGCUGUCGCGCAAACAUCAUUCCUCCUUGUCAACAGCGAUGAACUGGUGGAUUUUCCACGAGCACUUACAUCGCAAUGGGUCUACAUUGGUGGCUUGAGCGUAAAACAGCCAUCGAAACUUAAUCAGGAGUGGAAUACCCUGCUAGCGACGAGAGCCCGAAAUGUGCUUGUGUCGUUUGAAGGUGCAUCACCACAGUGCAGCGAUAAAACAGCUGUUAUCUUACAUGCAUUUCUGGAGAUUCCUGACACUACCUUCAUCUGGCAGCUUGCAAAUGGAAAAGCACAGAACCAAUCAAACGUCGUUUUCAUAAACCGAUUUUCAGAAACUGAUCUCCUUGAAAGAAUGCUGAGUUGUGCUUGUUUUACGGCUCAGCGCUUCUACCGGGAAUGUGACCCACCAGCCCUGCUGGCAAUGCACACGUAG